UUGUCAUGGUACUUGAAUCUGAAUGAGCACCCCGUUAUAGGACAGCCCUUGGUGUAAGUCAGUUGAGCUUUCUGUGAAGUUGUUUACUGUUUGUGCAUGCUCAAUUUCCAUGAGGAGUUACUUUGAUGUCUGAUUUUAAAACUGAAUCUCAACUAAAGCCUUGUUUUCUUUCCAGGUUAGAUGUAGAGACUAAACUUCUUCCAGCUGUCCCUCAAAAACAUGUAUUUCUCCAUGUAAUCCUCCUGAUGGAAGACCAGACAGGGUUCCCUUCCUGCUGUUCAUGCUGACUGGCUCCUUGGAGAGGUGGUGAAUGAGCGAACAUACGCUUGGUGGUGUUCAAAUGUGGAAAUUGCCCUGGAUGUGGUUGCUGCUGCUGCCCUGGGAAAAUGUCUUGGUAGGGAAUUAACACCAUUCAGUGAUGGGCUGUGGGGCAAGCAAAGUGCUUCCAGAGCUCCCCAGAGAUGAGCAUCUAGACCUGGUGAAAAAAGUUGAACCUUACACAAGCCACGAUGACAGAUAUAAGCAUUUCAUCAAGGAUCACUGCGAGAUCAAAGCUCCUUCACCUCCACAGCAUUCUAACCCAUACCCUGGGAACCACCUGCCUGCUCUUUUGAACCAGCCUGAGCCCUGCAAGAACAAAGUGGCUAAAUACUGUGCCAAGUUUGACACUAGAGUGACAGCCAAGUAUGACAUUAAAGCCUUGAUUGGGAGAGGGAGUUUUAGCCAUGUUGUACGGGUGGAACACAGGGCCACCAAGCAGCCCUAUGCCAUCAAGGUGAUAGAGACCAAAUACUGGGAGGGGAGGGAGGUGUGUGAAUCGGAGCUUAGCGUGCUGCGUCGGGUUCGCCACACCAACGUCAUCCAGCUGACUGAGGUGUUUGAGACCCAGGAAUGUGUGUACAUGGUGAUGGAGUUGGGAACUGGAGGAGAACUGUUUGAUCGAGUCAUUGCUAAGGGCUCCUUCACAGAGAGAGAUGCUACACGGGUGCUGCAGAUGGUGUUGGAUGGUGUGAAGUAUCUGCAUAUGCUGGGUAUCACACACCGGGACUUAAAGCCAGAGAAUCUCCUGUACUACCAUCCAGGAACAGAUUCCAAAAUCAUGAUUACAGACUUUGGACUGGCGAGUGCUCAGAAGAAGGGAGAUGACUGCCUGAUGAAAAAUACAUGUGGGACCCUGGAGUACAUUGCUGCUGAAAUCCUGGUCAGGAAGCCGUACACUAACUCUGUGGACAUGUGGGCGCUCGGUGUCAUCUCCUACAUUCUUCUCAGUGGCACUAUGCCCUUUGAAGAUGACAACCGCACCCACUUGUAUUGGCAGAUCCUGAAAGGAAAAUACAGUUACUCAGGCGAGCUGUGGAAAAACUCCUGACCCAGGAGGUCAAACACCUGAGACUAUCUGUCCAGCUCCUCAUGUGUACCAACCAAUGUUUCAGCUAUUAACAGAAGGUGCCCUAUUGCCCGGGAGAGAAGAUAGAGGAGGUACACGCCAUGAGCCACGUUAUGGUUUUACCUGUGGGACCAUGGAGAAGACCCAUGAGGAAGUGGGAUGGAAAACCUAACUCAGUUCUGGAGGAAUGGGUGUGUGAAUUGAAUAACGACAGUCAAGGAUGAUCCUGCCAAUGAAGUUGCUGCUCCAGGCUUUGGUGAGCAGCUUCCCAGGUGGACUGGAAAAGCUGAUUUUACUCCAACUCCUAUGAUAAGGAAUUCUAAUCCCUUUCUACAAGGAGUAAGUAGAGAAUCUUAGGAUUGCUAUGAGAGGGGCCCUGCCUCCAGCAAGGUGGAGGAGAGAGACACUCAUGUUAACUGGACUGUGUGGGUCGGAUGGCCUGGCACAACAGUCCCACAGGAGUAUAAGGCUCUAGUAGAUACCUGUGCACAGGUCGAAGAACAACAAGUGCCAGUUGUGACCACAGUAGUGCACCGGCAGCAAUAUCGCACCGAGACUCCCUGAUUGCCACCCAUAAGCUGAUCCAUAGGCUGGAGAGCUAAGGAGUGAUCAGUAGAACCCGCUUACCCUUUAAUAGCCA